GCCCAAUAUACAGUUUUGACAAAUCUACUUCAUCCUGCAUCUCUACAAAUGCACUUCUUCCUGAUCCUUACGAGUCAGAGAGGGUGUAUGUUGAUGUCUCUCUCAUCUCCAGUGCUGGAGAAGGAUUAUUUUCAAAAAUAGCAGCAGAAGCCAGUACAGUCAUGUCCUUCUACAACGGAGUGCGAAUUACACAUCAGGAGGUAGAUGGCAGAGACUGGGCCCUGAAUGGAAACACAAUAUCCCUGGAUGACGAAACGGUGAUAGACGUGCCCGAGCCCUACAACCACGCCGCCAAGUACUGUGCCUCCCUGGGGCACAAGGCCAACCAUUCCUUCACUCCCAACUGCACCUAUGAUCCGUUUGUCCAUCCUCGUUUCGGGCCCAUCAAGUGCAUCCGGACGCUGCGGGCCGUGGAGAAGGACGAGGAGCUGACGGUGGCGUACGGGUACGACCACAGCCCCGCCGGGCAGAGCGGCCCCGAGGCACCCGAGUGGUACCAGCUGGAACUGAAAGCUUUCCAGGCUGCCCAGCAGAAGUGAAGUGGGAUCUCCUCCUCCGUGCAGCAAACUGAAACAGAAACUUGGAUCUAUGCACUACCUUUGUACUGAAAACUGGACAAGCAGGGAUUGUUCACGCCGUUGCAUCAUAACUUUGCAUUCUGUGUUAAGAGCUGAGUUUCUUGCA